GAUAAAUUUAUCUUACCAGAUGCUAUUUUAUUGGCAGAAACUUAUGCUUCUGAUGCAAAAAUUAGAUGGAUAUUUCAAGUAAUUGAAGCAGAUGCUACAGCAGCACAAGGUUAUGAAUUUGGUACAGCUGAGAACUCUGGUCCAGAUUCUAAGCCUCACUAUGAUAAAUCCAUAUCUGAUUUUAUAAAAGUAGUGAAGGUAAUUCGUGAUCAACAUUCAACAUGUGCCGUUGCUAUUAAUACUGCUGCUGGAAGAAUGCUUGAUGACAACCUGCAUUCAGCAUUGAAAACAAUACCUAUUGUUGGAUUAUGUAUAGUUGAAUAUACAAUCAAAGUACAUGUGAUUUAUUAUCUUGGCGAUGGUGUAUGGGUAUUUGAUGAAGUUGAUAGCUCAUCUAAGAAAAUCUCAACAUCCUCAACAUUAAUAAAAAGUCAUAUCACUGACCAUAUAUCAAUUGUAGAAGUACCAACACCACCCAAACCUCAG